UAGGGCGGCUCUGCAAACCUAUGGGCUAUGGCCUCACCUCCACCGCCGCGCGAAGGAUACGUACACCCGCUCGUGGCAAAAGGCACAUACAGGUCACGAUGGAGCGGCGGCCGGAGCUGCGGCGGUCGAUGACGCUCUCGGAGCAGCUGGCCACGCCCGACCCGGCCAUCCGCGAGUUCCUCAGGAUCCCCGACGACGACAGCCACUACCAGCCGGACGCCGACGCCGGCGGACGGGGCUGGAAGCCUCUGCGCGACAGGCUCCGUCUCCGCCGCACCGCGAACGCCUGGACCGCCCCGUCGCAGAAACCCAGCGCGGCGGACGGCGCUCUGAAGAGCGGCGGCGGCGGUGGCAGCAGCACACGCAGCAACAAGUACAUCUACGCGCCCGGGGAGGCCACGGCGGCCUUCUCCCGCACCACCUCCCUCCGCCAGACGCCCACCUUCUCCCGCGUCGCCUCUACCCGCGUCGGACCCACCAGUGGGCGCGCCGAGCGGGCCGCCCCUGUGGUCGUCGACGACGAGGAGGACGAUGAGGACGAGGAUGAAGAGGAGGAUGAGGGAGACAAAGAUCAGGACGAGGCGCCGGCCGCGCAGAUGUCCCUGAUGGCGCUGCUGGAGCAGACGGACAGCUGGGACGACGAGGACGAGGAGGAGGACGAGGCCGGCGUCGGCGGCGGCGGCAAGAACGCGCAGCAGCAUGCCGGAGGCGGCGACGACGACGAGGACGACGGCGAGGGGCGGGAGGAGGAGAUGGUGCACGUGUGCUGCGUGUGCAUGGUCCGCCACAAGGGCGCCGCCUUCAUCCCCUGCGGCCACACCUUCUGCCGGCUCUGCUCCCGCGAGCUCUGGGUCAGCCGCGGCAACUGCCCGCUCUGCAACGGCUUCAUCCAGGAGAUCCUCGACAUCUUCUGACCAUGCAUGGCGCGCGUUUGGCGCGUGUGCGUGUGAGCGGCCACCCCGCGCGCUCUGAAGCUGAGACCUCGGUCGUAUCAUGUCGUAGGGUAAAUUGGCUGACUGUUCUGAGUUUUUUUUACGUGACUGUUCUGAGUUAUAUAUGUGCAUUGUUAUGCCAAGCACUGACAGUUUGCGAUUUUAUUAAUUACUAGAAUGUGAUCGAUCGAUUGUAUCAAGUGUACUAAUAUUUUGGAAUAAGAAUGGAGUACUAUCUAAAA